AUGCGCAUCCCUGGGUUGCGCUCUCGGGCGGCAGACCCGGCGGCGCCUGUUGCAGUUUCGGCAAGUCAGUUCUUUGAGGGCAUUGACGGACUAUGGUCGACGUUUGAGCUGCGCGUCGGUACUCCAGCACAGAACAUCCGCUUCUUGCCCGGUACCUCGUCGACGUUGACGACGGUUGUCCUGCCCGAGGGAUGUCAGGGUCAGUGGAAGGACUGCGCCGAGCAGCGGGGCGGCGUGUUCAAUAAGACGGCGUCUACGACGUGGGACGAGAUCGGCCUGUUCAAUCUUGGCUUUGAGAAGGGCCUGGGAUACAGUGACAACGGCGACUUUGGCCAGGACACAGUCGGGCUUGGAUACCUCGGCAGCGGCGGCCCGGUGGUCAACAAGUCCAUCAUCGCAGGCGUCGCAGGAUCUGAGUUCUACCUCUCCGUCCUCGGUCUCAAGCCGGAGCCGACAAACUUCACCACGCAAAAUGACCCGCAGCCGAGCUUCAUGGAGCUGUUGAAGAAGCAGGCCAAGAUCCCCAGCUUGUCCUACAGCUACACAGCGGGGGCGCCGUAUCGCCUCAACAAAGCCCUCGGCAGUCUCGUCCUGGGCGGCUACGACACCUCCAAGUUCCAAGACACCAACAAGACGCAUCGCUUCUUCAGCGACCAGUCGCGUGACCUGACAGUCGGGCUGCAGUCCAUCACGACGAAUGCCACCGGUGAUGAGUCCAACCUUCUCCCUUCUGGCCUCAUCAACCCUUACAUCGAUUCCUCCAUUGCCGAACUAUACCUUCCUCUUGAUGCCUGCCGGGCAUUUGAGAAGGCCUUUGGCCUUGACUACAACGAGACGGCCGGCAUGUACUUUGUCGACGACAAGCUACACAGCAAGCUCAUAAGGAACAACCCAUCGGUAACGCUCUCGAUAACGACGGCCAUCCAGGGCGGGGACAGCUUCAAUGUGACUCUCCCGUACGCCAGUUUCGAUCUGCAGGCCAAGCCGCCGCGCGUGAAGAACGAAACGCGGUACUUUCCGCUCAAGAGGGCCGACAACGACACGCAAUACACUCUUGGGCGCACCUUUCUUCAAGAGGCAUACCUAGUCGUCGACUACGAGCGCAGCACCUUUGCCGUCCAUCCGCGCGUGUGGAACGCCAGCGCCGUGUCGCACGUCGUGGCCAUUCUGCCGCCAGGCGCGGAGACGUCAGCGCCAACGACGCCGACAAAUGGCAAGGACGAAGGUGGUCUGAGUUCCGGGGCCAUAGCCGGAGCGUCGGUGGGCGCCAUAGCGGCGUUCGUUCUCAUCGUGCUCCUGCCGCUGUGGUUCUUCCUGAUCCUGCCGCGACGCCGCAGGGCGGCCGAGAUGAAGAGCAAGGCAGCAUCCGAGCAAGGUGCUACGAGCUCGACGGAUGGCGUGGACGGCGCAGCAGCCGGUGCGACCUCAAGCACCGCGGAUGCUGCUGAGGAUGAGAAGACGGCUGAGAUCGAAGGUGACAUGCCGAGACCAGAAGUCGAGGGUGACACACCAAGGCCCGAGGUCGAGGGCGACACGCCGACGCCCGAAGUCGAGGGAAGCAGGCCCACGCCCGAGGUGGCGGGUAGCACACCGACCCCCGAGGUUGAAGGGAGCCAUCCUACACCAAAGGGAACAAUGAGCGAGCCGGGCACGAUGAGCGAGCUGGCCACGCCGUAUAGUCCGCCGCCCGCAGAGCUCUUCACCCCGCCGCCAGAGCUCUUGGGUGUUGAGAUUCAUGAGAUGCCAGGGAGCGAUGUCCCGGAAUUGGCUGGGAGCGACGUCCCGCAUGCGGGGAGAAAGCAAGAUAAAGCAUAG